AUGGCUCGCCCCUCCCACGCCCUGCCCCUGUUCCCUGGAGCGGCCCGGGACCCCCUGGACGCUCCGGAGGACCUUCUCCCUGACUACUCGUCAGACGAGGAGGACGCAGGCUUGGACGAGGCUUCUGAUGAAGAGGAUGAAGAGGAAGAGGAGGAGGAGGAAGACUGGGACGACGCAGACUCUGGGUACGACAGUCUCUCCGAGGAGGACGUCAGCGAAGAGGAAGACGAGGACACAGAGGGUGAAGAGGACGACCAGCGUCUUCCUCCAGAGGACUUCUGGGACGACCUGCCCCCGUGGGCCCCUCCUGCUCCAGCUGUGGGGGUUCCUCAGCAGCGAGCAGCGAGCCCUUCUCCUGCGCCCUGUCCCGUCUUUGAAGAGGAGCGUCGUCCAGGGAGGUCCAGGCGCCACAGGGAUGAAGAUGAAGAGGAAGAGCCCAUCUCCAAGAGGUCACGCUUCUCCUACUCUGAGGACAUCGAGGAGGAGCCCACCCCCUCCACCUCUGCUGGGACGUCCGGGGGCUUCGUCCGCUUCUUCCAGCAGCUCCACCCGCUCCAAGACUCUGACGAGGACUGA